AUCUCUGCAGUUUGAGUUUGGAGAGGCAGAGUCAGCUGGGACUGCAGAGCAAAGCAGGAGGAGAGGAGUCAAGAAGAGGAAGAGCCCAAGAGGUCUGUGAAGGGACCUCGAACAAGAUGGUGUGUGGAUAAAAAUCUCAGGACAAGGCAAAGAGCUGCCACCAGGAGCUGUUUCAAGAACCGUGUGGGCUCACACCAGAGUGCCAAGCGGCUUGCAAUCAUCACAGAGUAGAGAACCCACUCAGCAGAGGGUGGGCAGCCUGAUCCCAGACUCACUCCUUAAUUGUAGGCUACUGCCCUCCUCAAGGCCACUUCCUACACCCCAGAGCAAAGCUCCAGAGCUGGAGACGCUGUAUGAGUACUCACUUCCGGCUAGCACCGGCAUCAGUAGUAUGGGAGAACAGGAUACAGGCACUCGUAUACUAUAAUUGCUGUAUUAGGUAACUAUUAAAUGAGCAGGAACAAAAAUAUAUCCUGUAAGUAGGAGAUAAAAAUGUCAAAAGACCAGAGGGGCAGGAAAUGGAGUGUGUGCUUUAUGCGUGGGACCCCCAAUUCCAUUCCUAGCACCCUGUGGCUCACCCACCCACAGAAUCACUGGGUAUGCCUCCCACAGCAAAGAAAAAACAACACAAUCAGGAAGGACAGAGAUGGUGCAAUUAUCAGUGAAUAACCCUAUACCUUCCAAUUUGAAAUCAGAAGCAAAAAAGGCUGCUAAGAUUCUAAGAGAAUUCACAGAAAUAACUUCCAGAAAUGGCCCUGAUAAGCUCAUCCCUGCCCACGUGAUUGCCAAAGCGAAGGGUCUUGCAAUUCUGUCUGUGAUAAAAGCUGGAUUUCUGGUAACUGCCAGAGGAGGCAGUGGAAUUGUAUUGGCUCGUCUUCCAGAUGGAAAGUGGUCUGCACCCUCAGCUAUUGGGAUUGCCGGGCUCGGUGGAGGAUUUGAAAUAGGAAUUGAGGUGUCAGAUUUGGUCAUCAUUUUGAAUUACGACAGAGCAGUUGAAGCUUUUGCAAAGGGUGGCAACCUGACUCUUGGAGGGAAUUUCACUGUGGCUGUCGGGCCCUUAGGAAGGAAUUUAGAGGGAAAUGUUGCCCUCAGAAGCUCUGCAGCUGUCUUUACAUAUUGCAAAUCAAGGGGACUCUUUGCUGGCAUAUCUUUGGAAGGUAGCUGUUUGAUUGAAAGGAAAGAAACUAAUCGAAAAUUUUAUUGCCAAGAUAUCCGUGCUUAUGAUAUUUUGUUUGGAGAUAUACCACGGCCUGCCCAAGCUGAAGAUCUUUAUGAGAUUCUUGAUUCUUUUACUGAAAAGUAUGAACAUGAAGGACAGCGAAUCAAUGCGAGAAAAGCAGCAAAGGAGCAGAGGAAGCCUCCUGCUAGAGAAUUACCUCCAGAACCUUUGUCAAGACCCCAGCGUCCCUCUGCACAGGUCCAAGUGAACUCUGGUUCUCAAGAUACUAGAAAUGAAUAUAAGCUCUAUCCUGAACUUUCUGGCUUUGGUGAAAGAGUUGGCUGUUCAAGUCAACCCAUAGAAGUGACAGCACUGUACUCUUUUCAAGGACAACAGCCAGGGGAUUUGAAUUUUCAAGCUGGAGACAAGAUCACUGUUAUAUCAAAAACAGAUUCCCAUUUUGACUGGUGGGAAGGAAAGCUUCGAGGUCAAACUGGCAUUUUUCCAGCCAACUAUGUUACCAUGAAUUAAUGUUUGUGUUAUUUUCUUCAAGUUUACAUUACUUACUUCUUUGAGAACUACAGAAAAAUUAUUUCUAUACUGGAAGUAUUUACUGUCAUUUAUAUGAUGUUUGAUAUAAGUGUAGAAAUACUCAUUUCAAAAAUUUGAUUCUGUCUAUAAGGUUUUUCAGUAUACAUAAAUAAGUGGCUGACUUGGUAUCUUUAAAUACUUUGUAUUAAUUUUAUCACAUUUACUCUAUAAUGAUACCUAGCUUUUUUUUCAAGCACCACUAAACUUAUUUUGAUUAUUUAGGUGGUAACUUUAUUCUAACCUGGGACUAUCUCAGGCCAGGCCAAAAUACCAGUUCUGAUGUUUCUAUUUGUAGAAUGAUUAGAGAAGAAUAAAUUAUCUUACAUUGGGUAUUAAAAUACUAUUUAAUGAGUAUGUGAACCUUUAAAAAUAGUCUUCAGAUACUCAGGGUUCACAUAUACAAUAGAAGCAUACUGUUACAAAAGCUAAACAACCAUGCACUGGAAAGUGAAUCUAUUUCUUUUUUUAUGAGGGGAAGCUUGCUCAUUUCUAGCAGUAAAAACAAUUUCUAUUAACAUGGUUCCAUUCUCCCUAAAUAAAUAUGUUUAAAAUGCUG